AUGCAUCCUCCUGCCUCCCUCACCCUGCUCCUGUCCCUAUCCACGACAGCAAACGCUUUCCCCGUCCUUGACUUCCUGCUUCAUCCCCGAGAUAAGCCAGCAAAGUCAUAUUCCGUCGUCAACGUCGAGGGAAGUCCCAGCACCGGCUCUCCUGAUGUGAUCACCGUCACCAGGGAACCGGCCCAGGUGACCGUCACCGAGCGUGUUAGCGACCCCGUCACUCAGAUCUCGUCUGCAGUCCAGACGACAACGACCACGUCCAUCAUCGUGGUCAACGUUGAUGGAACAGACGCCCCGACGACUGUGACCAUCACCCCGACCCAGAAGCCUGCCCCAGAGCCAACAUCAGUACCCCCAACAACACCACCACCAGCUGCUCCUCCGUCAAGCACCGCUGCCCCCGAGCCACCAGCCUCAUCAUCAGACGUCCCCCAGCCGUUGCCUUCAUCAGAAGCUCCUCAGCCAUCGUCAGCUUCAUCCAGCACUCCUGAACCUGCUCCCUCGCCGUCUGUCGAGCCCUCGUUUUCAUCAGAGACCCCCCAGCCGUCGUCUGUCUUGCCGAGCACUUCUCAGCCCUCCCCCUCGCCAUCAUCGGAGGUCUCUCAGUCCUCUUACUUGGCGACAAGUACGCCCCAGCCAUCCGCGCCGGCCUCAAGCACCCCUGAGCCAUCACCCUCGUCCUUCUCAACAACUUAUGAACUGUCGAGCACUGUGGAACCAAGCUCUAGCCCGGCACCGAUUACAUCCGUCGACUCUUCUACGCCUCCCGCUGAACCGUCGACUUACACAUCUGAGGCCCCUGCGUCUUCUUCACCCACAACGUCCUUCGCUCAACCCAGCAUCCCCAGCAGCAGCGCUCUCGAGGUUUCUUCAUCGCCAGUCGUAUCUUCCACGCCGGUCGUUGUUGUCCCUCCUCCAUGGACAGAGACCCCGAUCAUCCCGACCUCAGCUCCUGCGACAUCAGCGGGGGAAAUCCCACCCCCUGCUCCAACACCGUCCAUCAACUCAACAUCAUCAGUCUCGACAUCGACCACCUCAUCAGAGCCUGCGUGGUCACCCAGCCCCUCCUCCAGCACAAUCAUCGUGCCGACUACCCAGCCCGAUGACAGUGCCGCUCCGACUACCUGGGCCCAAGAGACGACCACGCCUCUCCUCCCGUCAACCUUGCUCACCAGCAUCGUCAGCGUAACCACCUCCCCUUCUCCCGUCCCAACAUCCACCACCACCUACAACGACGGGUACUGGACUCACAGCUACGACGACGGGUACUGGUCAACCAGCAAGUACCCCGACGGAGAGCCCACACCGACUCCCGCGCUUCAAUCAUGA